GGUUUUUUGAUCUGGACAAUCACGUUGAGGGCUCAUAGACUGGGCGCAACUGAAUGCCCUUUGAUCAAGGACAGGCAGAAAAGGUUGCCGGUGGUGUAAGCGAGAAAACAAUGCAUCCGAAACCUGUUUACCCCCGCGAUUUAUUGUUGCCCGAGGUUGAUCUUCGCGCGGACAGAGGCAGAACGCUUACAGGAACGGUUGGCGCAGAUGGCAAAGGCGAAGAAGACCUUGAAGCGGCGGGUGCAGGUCUUGGCCAUGAAUUCCGCGAAUCCGAAAGAGGAAAUGCGCGCGCAAAGACGAUGCCAGCAGCUGUGUGAGGAGGCGGCUGUGGCCUUGAACAUCAAUGCCGAAAUAGAGAAGCAGCGUUCUCAGCUGCAAAGUCCGGAGCGGGUAUGUGAUGAUCAAUUGUUUGCUGAGAACAGUGAAUUGAAGCAGCAUAUCUCCAUGCUUGAGUGUGAGAUUUCCGGCCUGCGCAUGGAGAGGGACUCCGGGCUGGCAGAGUCCGUGCUGCACCUCAGCCAAAUGGAUUCGGAGGUGGAAUUGGAAUGCCAAAGACUACAAGAGCAGCUAGCUGAAGCCUUAGCUUGGGAGAGCUCACGCGAAGAGCUAGAGGCGGAGGUGUCCAUCCUGCGCCAGAAAUGCGAACAGCUUCGUCUCCAAGUAGAUGAGGCUGCGGCCACGACGCCUCAAGCUGCACUUGUCCGAAUUGAGGAGCUGGAGGAGUUGGUACGACUUGGAGCUGAAGAAUUGCAGCAGGAAAGACAACAAAAGCUAGAGGAGAUGUUGAAGAUCAAAGAAGAAUCAAGUCAGUGGCAGCUGCAGAGUCAGCAGAAGAUGCAGGAACUCCUUGAGAAAGAAAGCCAUUGGAAGACCGAAGUUCAUCAAAAAGCAGAGGAGAUAUUGAAGAUGAGGGAUGAAGCGAGCCAGUGGCAGCUGCAAAGCCAUCAAAAGACACAGGAGGCCCGGAUGAACCAGGAGGAAGCAGAUCGACAAAGAGCGAUUUGCAAGGGAUUGCAAGAAGCCAAAGAAGAAGCAGACCGACGCAGAGCGAUUUGCGAAGAGGACUUGCAGAAGGCCCGAUCAGAAACAGAUCGGCUGAGGGCUGAGAGCUCUGAAAAGAUUGCAGUGUCUUUCAGACACGCCGAGGAUCUUCACAAGGCUCAACACGACGCUGAUUGCCUUAGAGACGCCCACCAUCAGCAGUCUGCCUUAGCUGCCCAGCAACUGGAGGAGCUCCGGGAGCUGCGCCUGGAGGCCCAACAGCUACGAAGCGAAUGUCGGAAGCAGUUGGCAGCCGAAGCACAACAGGACUCUCCUGACCAGUUGAGCGAGGAAAAGGCAAUGACAAUUGCUGAGAACUAUCGUGUUGGUGGUCAUAUUCGUGAACUGGCCAAUGUCCUUCGAAAAUGGCAGUCUGAACGUAGCUUGUCUUAUUGUGUGUUCUUUUACUUCCAGAAUGAUCAGAAUGUACAACUGGAUUGCAGUGCUUUACCUAGCUUUUCAGGUGCAGCGGAACAGCAGUUGGAGCCUGACAUGACCUCCAAGUAG